GCGGGGCGGGACCAGGCGGGUGGAGGGCGGUGACGCCCCGGGGGCCACAGAGGCCGUGCGCCCAGCUGGCCCGCACCGCGCCAUGGCCUCGCGCGCCUGGCGGCGCCGCCCGCUGUCAGUGCUGCUACAAGCGCUAGGUUUGCUGCUCGUCCCGCUGCAGGUGACCCUCCUGGUGGCUCCUCCAUGCGCCCGAGAGAGACAUUAUGAGCACCUUGGACGAUGUUGCAGCAAAUGCGAACCAGGAAGAUACCUGUCUUCUAAAUGCACACCUACCUCUGACAGUGUGUGUCUGCCCUGUGGUCCAGAUGAGUACUUGGACACCUGGAACGAAGAAGAUAAGUGCUUGCUGCAUAAAGUCUGUGAUGCAGGCAAGGCCCUGGUGGCGGUGGACCCUGGCAAUCACACAGCCCCACGGCGCUGUGCCUGCACAGCCGGCUACCACUGGAACCCAGACUGCGAGUGCUGCCGCCGUAACAUGGAGUGUGCACCUGGCUUUGGGGCCGAGCAUCCCUUGCGGCUCAACAUGGACACGGUGUGCACACCCUGCCUCCUGGGCUUCUUCUCAGAUGUCUCCUCAUCCACAGCCACAUGCAGACCCUGGACCAACUGUUCCCUCCUUGGAAGACUAGAAGCACAGCCGGGGACGAAUAAAUCAGACGUGGUGUGCAGCUCUUCCCUGACCCUGAGGAAGUCACCCAAGGAAGCCCAGAUUUACUUGCCCAGUCUCGUCAUUCUGCUCCUCUUCGUCUCUGUCAUAUUAGUUGCUGCCAUCAUCUUUGGCGUUUACUACAGGAAGGGAUGGAAAGCAUUGACAGCUAAUUUGUGGAACUGGGUCAAUGAUGCUUGCAGCAGCCUAAGUGGAAACCAGGAGUCCUCGGGUGACUGUUGUGUUGGUGCACACUCAGCAACCUCUGGUCAGCAAGAAGCAUUGGAAAGAGUGUUACUAAUGACCCUAGGGGAGAAGAUGUUUCCAGAAGACAUGUGCUAUCUGGAAGGUGGUUCUGGGGUCUGUGAGCCUGUGUGUGCAGCAGAGGGUGGAGAUGCCAGGAUGCUCACAUUGGUCAGUGAAGUCGAGAUCCAGGGGGACCUCUCAAGGAAGAUUCCCACAGAGGAUGAGUACACAGACCGGCCCUCACAGCCCUCUAAUGGUUCGCUGUUUGUGAUCCAGCCUGGGAGCAAAUCCACACCCCCUUUCCAGGAGCCUCUGGAAGUGGGGGAGAAUGACAGUUUAAGCCAGUGUUUCACAGGGACUGAGAGCACGGCUGAGUCUGAAGGCUGCAGCUUCCUGGCGCCCCCAUGCAGAACUGACUGUAUUCCUUUGUCCCCUGAAAAGUACUUGAAAAGAGAAAUAGAGGAUGACAGUUGCCUGCUCUGGGUGGCCAGCUCCAACUCAACAGACGGCUACACGGGCUCUGGAAACACUCCUGGGGAGGACCAUGAGCCGCUUCUGGGUUCUCUGAAAUGUGGACCCUUGCCCCAGUGUGCCUACAGCAUGGGCCUUCCCAGCGAAGCAGCAGCCAGUAUGGCAGAGGCAGGAGGACAGCCCCAGGACAGGGCUGAUGCAAAGCUUCCAAGCUCGGAGAGGGGAGCCUCGGGAUCUGGGGGUUCCCCCAGUGACCAGCCACCUGUAUCUGGGAACGUGACAGGAAACAGCAAUUCCACGUUCAUCUCUAGCGGGCAGGUGAUGAACUUCAAGGGCGACAUCAUCGUGGUGUACGUCAGCCAGACCUCGCAGGAGGGCCCAUGCCCUACGGAACCUGAGACAGAGCCGGAUCCCGUGGGCCGCCCGGUGCAGGAGGAGACGCUGGCGCGCAGAGACUCCUUCGCGGGCACGGCUCCACGCUUCCCCGACGCGUGUGCCACCGGGGCCGGGCUCCAGGAACAGGGCACGUGCGAGAUCAAGGACGGGACAUCGCGGCCAGUGCAGGAGCAGGGCGCGGCGCAGGGCUCAGGCCGUACCCUGGGCUCCGGACAAUGUGCAGAAUGACCCCUGCCUGCCUGCCUGCCCUGGGCGCAGAGCACCAGGGCUUUCACUAAACAGAUGUGUCCUGGCUGUUCACCGUGCACCUCCUCGCAGGGGCAGGCUGCUGGUGUGGUGGCGAAGCCCCUCACUUCCCGUGCCUCUCCCAUUUGGUGUCAUUCAGAUUGGCCUUUUUUUUUUUUUUUUUUUUGGCAACGUUGGUGUCCUGCCUUAUUGAGGUCUGUACCCCACCCUAGUAUUUAUAUUUCACUUGCUUUUGUAGUGUGCUUCUUGAUGCUGUCUCUUCUUUCUGUCUCGACUAUUUAAGGGUUUUUGUUUUGUUUUGUAUUUUAUUUUUGACAAUUCUGAAGGUGCUGUCUCCUUUACACUAUUUUGCACUCCGUCCUCCAGUGGUCUGGCGAGGACUCCUGCCCGCGUCCUCGAAGCACUUUGGGAAUAGGCCAGAUGUGUAAAGCUGGGGACUGAAGUGCAAGAAAUGAGUAGAGGGACUUUUAUUUUCUGGAAAUAUUCUGUGUCUCCGUUUUUUCUCAAAAGAAGGGAGACCCUGCUCCUCAACAACAACAAGCAAGGUUGUCAGAUUGUAUAACUAGAUCCUUGAGAACUAAGUUCAGGGUAGGUGGCCUUGUUUUGUACCUGUUUUGUUUUGUUUGGUUUUUGUUUUGUUUUCUUUUGCCACAGUGACAGGUACUUGGCCACUAAAUCUCAAAAAAAAAAAAAAUCCUAGCCUUUGUGGUUUGGCAUUCUUAAUUUUAAAUGAUUAAAGUGCUGUCUAGAAAAGGUGGAAAAGGUGAAUAGAACAUGGGACCAAAGAAAAAAAAAGAAGGUGCCAGGGAAAUUCAAGAAAGAAUGUUGCUGGGCAGUGGGUCCCAGCACUCGGGAAGCAGAGGCAGGUGGAUCUCUGUGACUUCGAGGCCAGCCUGGUCUACAAGAGCUAGUUCCAGGAUAGACACCAAAGCUACUGAAAAACCCUGUCUCUGGGAGAAAGAAAGCACCCCCCCCCAAAAAAAAAGAAGAAGAAAAGAAAGAAAGAAUAAAGUUGCCAUGCUGAUGUGCGUAGUCUCUUUCUACAGAAGAAUGUCAGAAAUAUAUUCAGACAGCAGGUCUUUUCUUCCACAGUAUUUGUGCAUGAGUAAUUAAGUUUUAUGGAAGUAAAAAACAGUCCUCUCUGUGUGUGUGUGUGUGUGUGUGUGUGUGUGUGUGUGUCGCUUGUGCAUUUAAAUUACAGACCAGGAGAUCUAGAGAGUUGGUUUGCCGUUAAGAAGACUGAGAGCCUGAAUUCAGUACCCAACCCUCCUGGGCAGCCCACAGCUACUGUAACUCCAGCUCCAAGCCUCCACAGGCAACUGCACACAUGUGUAUAUACACACACAAAAUAAAUUCAAAUUUCCAUGACGUGACUGUAAGAAAAUUAAUCAUCCUACAGUGAUUUUCUUUUGGCGUGGCCCUUUUGCAACGAAGCAGUUAAGACUGAAAUUGGCCACUGGGGUGGGUUUACCACGAGAGCCGGUUCUCAGAUACUCCAGAAGGGCUAAAGCAAGCACUUAAGCAAAUUGCAUGCAGCUUUGUAAUCUGAGAGGUUAUGGGCCUGUUAAUAAGGGCCACCGUACAGCCACGGAUACCCAGCUGAACAGAAGGCCCAUCCAUGGCCGGUGUCUUCCCUCUGACUGCAGUUGCCCUGGGGUCACAGCAGUUGGUUGUGUUUUGAAUGCCGAAGCAGAGAAUGGCUCUGUAACUCAUGGGCUCUUUCUCGGACAUACAGAGCUGCGGGAAAUAAGUGCAGGACUGGGAUGUGCAGUGAUCUCCUUCGGAAGAGAGAUGCGACUCAAUUCAACAAAACAAUCAUACCUUUUAGUGUGGAAUGUAGUAAAUAAACUCCACAAAGUGGGGUGCAGAGCUAAGCACCCACAUGCACUGUGACUCAGGGUUUCUCUGGACUUCCAUUCUUCCCCAUACAAAGCCAAUAAUGAUAACUUAACAUCAUUUUCCUACCCAGAGAUAUCAACAGGAUGCUUCAGUGAAGUUAAAGUACCUUGAACUCCUAAAAUCAAAGUACUAAGGGCAUUAAGAAUCUAUUUUGUGGCAUGGGGGGGGGGGGACGGGUGGAUACAGUUCCCCACAGUGAUCCCUGCUAAUGUUGCUAUAUUGGUUCAAAGCCAAUUGAAUGACAGGAAAAACAUGAUGAAGACAGAUAUACGUAUGUGUGUAGUCAAAUGUUUGUGACAGGUAUAAACAAUAUAAUGAAAAAAUGUUUCAAUGGCAUGG